CGGCACAGAAGUCGCCCCCUACAAGCAGCAGCAGCAGCAGCAGCAGCAGCAGCAGCAGCAGCAGCAACGGGAUGACGCAGCAGCAGACGAGAACUUCCUUGACCACCCGGACCUCCCAACUCACUCUUAA